UCGCCCGUGGUCUGCGGCCGCGGCGCGGAGCGCGGCGACUUAUUGGAGAUCCGCUACGAGGGACGGCUCGCCGCGGACGGCAGGCUCUUCGACGGGUCGGCGAUCACCUUCGCCGGCGGCAACCAGGUCGCGGGCCGCGGCGGCGACUCGACGGUCUACUUCGUGCUCGGCCAGCAGCCGCUCGGCCAGUUCCCCGCGGCCUGGGAUCCCGCGCUCGGCGGCGCCUGCGUCGGCGAGGUCCGCCGCGUCUCCGUGCCGCCCGUGCUCGGCUUCGGCGACAAGGGCGCGCCGAAGCGGAACGUGCCGCCCUACGCCAUGCUCGACUACACGCUCCAGCUCGUCAGCAUCAACAGCAAC